GCCGGCGAUCAUGCACAUCAGGGUUUGGGAAUGACAGCGACACGAAUCGCCCACCGCUCUCCUGCAGAUGUCACUGCAGUGCAUUGUGGGAAUGAAUUGUGGGCGGUGCCCACAAUAAAUCAGCCUCGAUGAUGAUGAAAUUGUAAUAGCCAUUAUCCUUAAUUACAUUUUGAUUAUUAUUUUGGUUUCUGUCGCCCUCCCAUUUUAUUGUCCAGUUCUACUUGCAUCACCUGAAUUACAGAAAUGAUUUUAGCCACAGCAACGAACAUAACCAGGCCAUACUUAAUACUGUAUAAAACGAACAUAGAGCAUUACGCUGCUAAAUGAACAAGCAAGCAUUUGAAAGUCUUCACUUUGAAUCGUUUAUCCUCUAAUGGAGAAUGGUGCCAUGGGAGUGAUCCCAUUGCAUGCUGAUUUCAAAGACUGUCCAGCGAUUGACUGACAGGAGGGGCUAUGGUCACCUUUUCCACCCCUUGUGUGUUUUACUCAGUCAGACAGUGUGACCUGCUCAUAAGAAUGACUCCUGGUCUGCAGAACCCUGGCUGCUGGUUUUAACCAGGGAUCCUUUACUCAUAUGCAUACUGUGCUGGCUCGGCUAAGGAGUUCCAGUCACCGUGUGAAUGUGUCAGUGAUGGAACAUUAGACUUUGCAUUGAUAGUUCCACCCCUGCUUUGCUGAACCUUAAAAGUCCACCAUCUUGGUCACUACUGUGUUUGGUUUGUUGCUGGUCCCAGGUAGACGCUGUGGGAUCGGUUGCCUUGGAAUCAACACUCGUGCAGAACAGUCAGACUUAAUGUGAACACAGAACAGACAACAGUUCAAAGUAGUGAGAGUGGACCAGCUCCUCCCCUUCAGUUCAAGUAAAACACUUCACCAGAAGAAGAGUCAGAGAAAAGCGAGCACUUAUUACGCCAAGACUGCAAAUGCGUUCUCUUAACACCCUUCCGAAGCAGAAAGGCACCAUGGUGACAUUGCUCGCAGCAAGCGCGUGACGGGGGUGCGGAAACUUCAAUUAGGGCCGCCCUUGCACACCGUGCCCCAUCGUUUCCACAUGACUUCUGCCGCACAGGCGCCCAUAUGGCCAGUUGACGUCUUUAUCGUGUAAUCCCGUCUCUUCAGCGUGACGCUCCGGCUGGCUGCAGACUGGCUUAAGGGGAGUUGGUCAUGUGCUCGCUGAGAACAAUAGCAGAGGCGGGGAGCAGAGGAGCACGUUCACUGUCAGUCCCUAGCAAUCCUCGUCAGUACUCUCCACUGCAUCAAACACACAGAACACAGGGACCGCUGGAAGGAUGGAAGUCAUGGUGUGUUCCAUGGGCAGCAGCACCAGCAGGCUGUACAGUGCCCUGGCCCAGACGCUCAGCAGCGCCCCCACGGCCCGGGCCGCAGCCUGCCCGGAGGAGGAGGAGGAGGAGGAGGUCGACGUGGAGCCCUGCAGCCCCGACGACCUCCUGAAGGAGUGCGAGGAGGUGCUGCGCAACCGGCCCGCCCGGCUACACCGCAGCUUCAUCUUCCCCAAGGACCCCGCCCCCCAGAACCGCCCCAUCCGGGUCAUGCAGUGGAACGUUCUCGCUCAAGCUCUGGGUGAGGGCAAGGACAGCUUCGUGCAGUGCCCGCUGGAGGCCCUGAACUGGGCCGAGCGCAAGUACCUCAUCCUGGAGGAGAUCCUGACCUACCGGCCAGACGUGCUGUGCCUGCAGGAGGUGGACCACUACUUCGACACCUUCCAGCCCGUGCUGCGCAGCCUGGGCUACCACGGCACCUUCUGCCCCAAGCCCUGGUCACCCUGCCUGGACGUGGAGUGCAACAACGGACCCGACGGCUGCGCCCUCUUCUUCAGCCGGGAUCGCUUCGAGCUGCUAGACAGCGCCAGCGUGCGGCUGGCGGCAGCCAUGCUGAAGACCAACCAGGUGGCCAUCGUGCAGAAGCUGCGGGACCGGGCGACAGGCCGCCCGCUCUGCGUGGCCGUGACCCACCUGAAGGCCCGCAGCGGCUGGGAGCGUCUGCGCAGCGCCCAGGGCUCGGACCUCCUGCAGAACCUGCAGGUGGCCACCGGGGGGCACGCUGGCAUGCCGCUGCUGGUCUGCGGCGACUUCAACGCUGAGCCCAGCGAGGACGUGUACCGGCGUUUCGCCUCCUCCAGCCUGGGCCUGGACAGCGCCUACAAGCAGCUGAGCGCCGACGGGCAGACGGAGCCGCCCUACACCACCUGGAAGAUCCGGCCCUCCGGGGAGGUCUGCCACACGCUGGACUACAUCUGGUACUCGCGGUGCGCCCUGAGCGUGAACGCCGUGCUGGACUUCCCCACCGCCGAGCAGAUCGGCCCGAACCGCCUGCCCUCCUACAACUACCCCUCCGACCACCUCUCGCUGGUCUGCGACUUCAGCUUCCUGGACGAGCCUGACAGACUCAUGUAGGGCCGGUCUCUCUCUGGUGGCAGUGCUGUCGAAACGGGCACCAUCGAACACUCACGUCUUUUGUGUUUUUAUUUUCAAAAUGCCUGCCUCAACAGGAGUUACCAUAUAAGUGUAAUUUUAUUUGAUUAAUAAAAAUUUAAACCCUACUUUUCCCUCUGGGAGGUGGAAAGGAAUUUUG